CAGGUCAUGUGGUUUGCAUUCUUCUUCAUUUCACUAGUUGUUUGCUCAUUCGCUGUAAAUGAGGAUAAUCUUUCUGCGGAAUUUUGCCGACAAUUCCCUUCACUACACCUCUGCCGCCUACAUGACACUUUGCAAGGAUCCCUCGUAGAACUACAGUAUCUUCUUCAGGACAGCAAUCUUGAGAAUGCGGUUGCCAUUAAUCCUAUGGAGAAACGCAAGUCAGCAUUUGUUCGUUUCGGAAAGAGAGCUGAUGGGUCAGCAGACUUUACAGCAGACGUAGAAAAGAGAAAGUCAGCAUUUGUUCGAUUUGGCCGCUCAGUACCAACUGAUAUACCGGAGAAGAGAAAGAGCCAGUACAUUCGAUUUGGCCGGAAGUAAAAUGGCAGUCUGCUCUUUGCACUUCAAAUGAUAUCGAUAACCGCUGCUACGCACACGCUUGGGUAAAACGCUUUCUGCUGAUCUUCAUCGUUCUCCAUUUUAUGAAGAAGGAUCUCAACGUUACAUGUGACAUCAUUGUUGUUUGCUGGUUACGGUAAAUUAAUGUCUGAUAUGAGGAAUGUUAGUGGAAUAAAAUGUUAAUCCG